GAAACGAGCUGAGGACUAGAAAUCAACAAUGCUGAGAUCGAUUCUGAGAAGCUCCACUUCAAAUGCUUCUCGCCGAGGGUUCGCGUCCGGAGCCUCUCCCGAGAGGAAAGUUGCAAUCUUGGGGGCUGCCGGCGGGAUCGGUCAGCCACUUUCGCUGCUCAUGAAGCUUAAUCCUCUAGUUUCUCGCCUUGCGCUCUAUGAUAUUGCGGGUACUCCUGGCGUCGCCGCCGAUGUCAGCCAUAUCAACACCGGAUCUGAGGUUGUUGGGUAUAUGGGAGAUGAAAAUCUUGGGAAGGCUUUGGAGGGCUCUGAUGUCGUCAUUAUUCCAGCUGGUGUGCCACGAAAGCCAGGCAUGACCCGUGAUGAUCUCUUCAACAUCAAUGCUGGCAUUGUUAAAUCUCUCUGCACUGCCAUUGCCAAGUAUUGCCCUAAUGCACUUGUCAAUAUGAUUAGCAACCCUGUGAACUCCACUGUCCCAAUUGCUGCUGAGGUCUUCAAAAUGGCUGGAACUUAUGAUGAAAAGAGACUCUUUGGUGUUACCACCCUUGAUGUAGUCAGGGCCAAGACUUUCUAUGCUGGAAAAGCUAAAGUUAAUGUUGCUGAGGUCAAUGUACCUGUAGUCGGUGGCCAUGCAGGCAUAACAAUUCUCCCACUGUUUUCCCAAGCUACUCCAAAAGCCAACUUGUCAGAUGAUGAGAUUGUAGCGCUCACCAAACGAACCCAAGAUGGUGGAACAGAGGUUGUAGAAGCCAAAGCAGGGAAAGGUUCAGCAACCCUCUCUAUGGCCUAUGCUGGGGCCGUAUUUGCGGAUGCUUGCUUGAAAGGACUCAAUGGAGCUCCAGAUGUUGUGGAGUGUUCUUUUGUGCAGUCUACUGUCACUGAACUUCCUUUCUUUGCAUCUAAGGUGAGAAUAGGGAAAAAUGGUGUCGAAGAAGUUCUAGGGUUGGGUGCACUCUCAGACUUCGAGAAGGAAGGGCUUGAAAAGCUUAAACCUGAGCUGAAAGCAUCCAUUGAAAAGGGAAUCAAAUUUGCCCACCAAAAUUAGUCUCAUAUCCUUUUGCUUUGAUUGAGAUUCAAGUUUAAUAAUGUCUAAGAGCUAGUGAUGAUAUUACUUUACUUAACCUUGUCAAUAACAACCACCAUCACUUUCAGCUUUGUAUUCCAAAGAUUAUUACUACAAAAACCCUGUAGUAGAAGAAAUCAUCUUACCCAAGAAAAACACCCUUUCCUUCUCUGUUUACAUGUACUCAUUUUUCUAUUCAAAAGCAGAAAAAAGAGAAUGUUAAUUGUUUAA